GAAGACUAUGAUCGUCGAAUGCCAUUAGCUUAUUCAUCUGUCUCAUAUGACACCAGAGAUGACAGUGUCAGUUUAAUUAUUGAUCCAAAGGACAAAUACUAUACGAGGUUUCCAUAUAUACUGUAUAACCCCGUAAAUUGGGAAGAUUCUUUAGAAGCUGUCGAGAUGACCACAAUCGAGGAAAGCACGGAAACGGAAAACUUGGAGGCCGUCGAGACUGCUGCAGUCGAGGAAAGAACGGACUUCGAAAACGACUCGGAAUGCGAUCAACUGUCUACUACUGAAGCCACUUUUGAAAACACCCAUGAUUUGCACAGCAACCAUGCGCUGAUUCUCCCCAUGGUCAACCCGGACAGAGGCUUGGACGUACUGAUAGUGGAUUUCUCCGCCAAGGAACUGUUCACAGCCGAUGCUCUGCUUAACUUUUUCCACGCAACGGGAAGUAUUAGGAGCGUGAUCGGGAAGAGGAGUGCAAAUGCCCGCAUAGCGCCGCAGGAAAGAAACGACCUCAAGGCUCCACUGCCUCCAGUUGACGAAAAAUAAUGUAAUUUCCAUUUAUUAUCUGAUUGUUAACUUUGUUCUGGGGAAAUAAACGUUGUGAUUAUAAUCAAAACAUUUUCACACCUCCGAAUUCCCACCAAAUUUGCUUUGGGGGCUCGUUAAAAAAUUAUGUAGAUUGUCGCCCGAUCGGGCCUAUUCGGACACGUCUCAAUUACUUUGUGAAGGAAAAAUAUUUCCAUUUAAAUGACUUAUUUCCAUUCUGAAUGUUAAAAAUGAGAAGGCGGCGCGCAUAAUUCCGAAUAAAUCACCUCCUUGCUCAA